UCCGUCUCUUCUUCUCCCUCCCUCCCUCUCUCUCUGCUACAGGUGUGAGGAGACCUACACCAGUCCCUCCUAGCCGUGUCCAGACCUUCAUUUCAUAGCAUUGAUAAUAUCACAUAAUACUGACCUGACGUCAUCUAGAGCAUUACGCGCAUGUAAACUUACACACCAACUUCUGUUGUGUCCUAAGACUCGUGGGCCCAGUCAUCAUCACCUGAAUAGACACUGUGUAAGUUUUCAUGAAGUGACAUUCAAGGAAAGGCAGGAUGAAUUUUGACGAAGUCCUGGACCGGAUUGGAGGGUUUGGACGCUUCCAGAAGACCCUUUAUGUAUGGAUCUGCCUGCCACAGAUCUUCUUGGCCUUCCACAUGUUGGUGUCUGUCUUCACUGGGGCUGUACCCCCUCACCUGUGCAGAUCCGCCUGGCCAGCGGGCGACAGUGGUGGCACCGGGUUGGGCUUCAACUUCAGCAUUGCUCCUGGGGAGUCCUGCACGUCCUUUCAGGAUGGCCCUCUGUCCCAGCUUAAUCACAGUCUACCAAUUACUGAGCACUCGUCCACCUCAAACGGCUGCACGGGAGGAUGGGAAUUCAGCAAGGAAGUCUUUCUCAGCACUGUUGUCACAGAGUGGGAUCUUGUGUGUGAAAAUGCCACUUUGAACAACAUUGGAUCUUCUAUCUAUAUGUUUGGGCUCCUGGUUGGAGCAGUUCUGUUUGGUGCCCUUGCUGAUAAGUAUGGCCGCAGAAUGAUCAUAUUGAUUGGUUUAGCAGCACAGGCCAUCUUUGGAGUGGGGGUUGCUUUCGCCCCAAAUUUCUACAUAUACGUCCUGCUUCGCUUCGUGGUGGGCAUGACGAUUUCCGCAGUGAUCAUGAAUGCAUUCGUGUUGGGCACUGAGUGGACGGGCCCCAAAAAGCGCAUGUUGGCAGGUGUCAUCACAGACUACUUCUUUGGUUUUGGCUACAUUCUGCUUGCAGGGGUGGCCUACCUCAUCCGAGACUGGCGUAAGCUGCAGUUGGCCAUAUCUGCCCCAGGCUUCCUCUUCCUGUUCUACAUCUGGGUGCUUCCUAAGUCUGCUCGUUGGUUAAUGGCCAAUAAGAAGCAUGAAGAGGCGCUGGAUCUGAUUCGUAAGGCAGCACUUAUUAAUGGCAAAUCUCUGGUAGACGGUGACAUUGAGGUUUGUCAGAGCUCUAAAAUCUCAGAGAAACUGCAAGACCUGAGGAAGUACACUGUCAUAGAUUUGGUCCGAACACCCAGAAUGAGGAAACAGUCCCUCAUUCUCUUCUACUUGUGGUUUGUGAAUGUCCUGGUGUACUAUGGGCUGUCACUCAAUAUUUCAGACUUUGGAAUGAAUAUCUACCUGACACAGAUGAUCUUUGGCUUGGUGGAAAUGCCAGCACGUACCAUUACUCUCUUCACCCUAAACCGCUCACGCAGGAUAUCCCAGUUAGCAUUCUUGGCAGUAGGCGGCCUGGCCUGUCUUCUUACCAUAUUCAUUCCAGAUGGUAGGUGA